UGUUACUCUGCGCAUGCCCAACAAAUGGUCGUCGUCUUGCGUCACGCGCUGAGCACGAGCCUCGGGUGGGUGUACCGUUUAUUACGCGUGGAUUCCUUCAAAAGACAAGAUCCUCGGCGAGUUAGGUCCUUUACCGAAACCGAGCUUUCGAAACGUAUCUGAAGGCUAGAAGUUGAUCUCAGGGCUAAGAAGAUAGUUUUUUUUUUUAUAUUUGACAACAUCCAGAAGCUACUUUUUCUUGCAAACAUUAAUUAUUUGUAGUUAUCUUACUUGACUCAAGUUUAACUCAGGUAAAAUAAAUUUAAUUUUCGCUUCCCAACACAAGAUAGAAAGUAGCUACUGAACAUUUGCGAGAAGACUUCGAUCACGUUGUUGGGACCAGUUUUUCGACACACAUAAAUCGUAAGUACCGAUGUUGCUUGUUGACUGUAAUGUCGAGUCCUAUUUUUGAUGUUUGGUUUUGGCUAAAAUAAUUAAUUUUUUUUAAAAUAUUUUUUUCUAAAUAUGGCACGGUUUGAUUUAAAUGAGCGGUUCUUAAACUUUGGGUCGCUAGCCCCCCCCCUUGCCCCCUCCCCUUUGGUUGCCUAAGACGAUCGGAAAACAAAUAUUUAUGAAGUAGCAACGAUAAUAAUUUUAUGUUUGGGGGGGGGGGGGUGACCACAACAUGAGGAACUGUAUUAAAUGUUCGCGGCAUGAGGAAGGUUGAGAACCACUGAUUUUACAUUAUUCUUUUGCAAUUUAAAAAAAUAUAUAUUUUUUAGGUAUUGAAAUGUUGUCUCAUCCAUAUUUAAUGGCGUUUUAAAAUUAUUAAAGAGAAUAGUCCAAAUAGUGUACUCUCGAGUAAAUUUCUAACUUUUUGUUUUUGUGUUGUUUUGUUUUAAGUAGCACACAAGAUACUGUAAAUUUAUUCAACACAAACACUCAGUUAAUUUUUGUUUUUAAAAUCAAUUAUGAUGUUAAUCGGCUUUUUUUGGAUCUCAUGUGUCCGACGAUAGAGUAAAUUUAUCACACAACCUCAAUGCGUAAAUAUAAAAUGGGACACGAUGUCUUGUUUUAUGACAACAUGAGAUAGCAUGUCUGGGGGUCAUCGUGAAUAAGAUAUACAUGAGUAGGUCAGGUCUCGCUUAUGAUUACCCGUUUACUUGAGUUAUGUAUUUCGGAUGUCUUUAGAAGUUGACAAGAGCAAAUUUGAAUGAAAUUUUCGCAGAAAGUAUGGUUUAUAUUUUUAAAAAAACAACACAUGAUCACUGCUUCAUAGUUGCUUCCACCAUGAGCUCUAUCCCAUGUUAAUCUUAUGUUAACUUACAACCCGUUACUACGUCUAUCCCAUGAAGUUCUUACACUAACUUACAGCCCAUUACUACGUCUAUCCCAUGAAGUUCUUACACUAACUUACAACCCGUUACUACGUCUAUCACAUGUUGUUCUUACACUAACUUACAGCCCAUUACUACGUCUAUCACAUGUUGUUCUUACACUAACUUACAGCCCAUUACUACGUCUAUCACAUGUUGUUCUUACACUAACUAGCAGCCCAUUACUACGUCUAUUCCAUGUAGUUCUCACACCAACUUACAGCCAAAUUACUGCGAUUAAACAUGAGAAUAUAAAUUAAUCAAAUAUUGACCCAAAUCUGAGCUCACGUACCAAACUGGCCGCCAUGACGUUGUUUGGACAGUACAGACGCCGUGUUUGCUUACUAUUAGUGAUGAAUCUCUAACAACGUGACUAAUCACGUGACAAUGUUCCUCCACACCCUCCAGCAGAAAAUCAAUUUUAAAUAGCAAACCUACCUCAUUUCUCGAUAUUUUAAAGAAGCAAUGAAUUCUUUUAAAAAAAUAUAAAAAGCGGUGACAGUACUAUGAUAAAUGACAAUUUACAAACUAUAUUAUUGCGGUGGCAUUGUACCAUAAUAUUUAACGUUUUCGAUUUCAACAAUCAGCUGCUGGUUGAUUUUUUAAUUAAUUUAUUUUUUUAAAUGUUUUUUUUUCUUUAAAAAAUAAUUGGAAAAAAAUAGAAUUCGUUAUAGAUAUGUUAUAGAUAUUUUAGUUUAUUUGUAGCUUUAAAACGUUCCAUAAAACAAACAAAAAAUGUUGGAAAGUUACGUUUCAUUACACUAAGAGCAUUUCUGGCUAAAUUUUGUCUUAACUAGACCAGAUCCACCACUGUAUCUAGACCAGCUCCACCACUGUAUCUAGACCAGCUCCACCACUGUAUCUAGACCAGCCCCACCACUUUAUCUAGAGCUGCCUGCACACCGUCGUUCGGACUAAAAAUAAUAAAAUACUAAUAAAUACCUGAUGUAGAUCCACCUCGUACACGUUAAUCAGCAACGAUACUACGGCAGCCAGCUGUUGAGGUGAGACAAUCAGUGGUGCCCAAGACGUAAAACAAACCACACCACCGGCUGACCGAGUCCGACCAAAUGUCCUUGUCAAACUGAUGAGAGCAAUGUAGCAAGACGUUCGCCGUUCACGGCACUUCUCCUGCACACACACAAAAAAAAAGGGCCCGGGGGGGGGGGGGGCGGAAUGAGAACGGCAUGACUUCAGUUAACACCAGAAGCCGAUCUGGACGUCUUGGCAAGAUAAGGUCAGCCAGGGUCUGCAAGUGCUUCACCAGGACGUGGAUGGAAGUGUUUCCGUCUAUGCUGGGGAAAGAAUUGACGGACAGUCCGUACAGAUAUCCCCUAAAAUGACGUGUCCGUACAAAAAAUAAAAAAAAGGGAAUGAAAUGAGACAUUGUGAAAACAUGUUGAUGUUGUUUUGUUUUUUUUUUGAAGUGUAACAAAUCGGGAAAUGUCGGCGCUCACGUGUUCUUCCUUCUUGUUUCAAACCUUUAUAAUAAAAAUGUGGAGAAAUGUAACCUUAAGGAGAAUGGCAGACAAAAGAACCCAGUUACAAAGUAAACUCAUGGCUCGUGGUCAUAUGGCAAACAGAGUCAUAGAGACGUUGUUAAAAGAAAAUAAUAAUAACAAUAAUAAUAAUAAAGUUUAUUUGAAAAAACACGCUUCAUCCCAAAGGCUCGAAGCGCGGUACAUACCACAAUGAAGUACAAAAUGCGACAUUACAACAACUACAUACGAGAAUACUACCCAUUCUAAGUCUUUCAUACCUUUCAACCAUAAACAACAUAGGCCAAUAUUCAUCUACAAGAUAAUAGCUAGAUAGACAACAUCACCCCAGCAGGUGUUUGCGAAAUAGAUAAGUCUUCAAAUCAGUUUUGAAAGACUCCAGUGUCUGGCUGUUUCUGAGAGCGAUAGGAAGGGUGUUCCAAAUUGUUGGGCCAGAUUCAUAGUUUUUUAGCAUCAUAGUGUCAACAAAAGUAGCUCAAAAAAUUUGUCGUUAAAAAAUGUGGGGGAUUUAGAAUAUCUUUUCCGUAAAGCUGAAGUCGGCGCCUCUGACCGGUUAUUGUUUUUAUAAUACAUUCCGACUGUCCCACGCAGCGAGAUAAACUUGAUUCGAAUCAAAUGCGGAGCGUUGCACAUUGAUGUACUCUUCCCUGUAUGAUCUUGAUAGGUGGUAAACUCAGGCAAUGACAUGAUUGUGGUGUGGAGUUCAAUCCCCCACAAGGGCCUCGAGAAGCAAAAACAUCAACAGCACCCUCCGGAGGAUUGGAGUCGUUAGUCUCGGAUGUCAACUCGUCUAAAAGAAGAAAAAAACACUAAGUCAAACCGGAGAUGGAGUCCCGUAAAAGAAUAACAUUGACCGAAUGAAAAUUCCCGCAACUGAUGCGACGCUGCUAGUGCCCAGCCGUAACAUCCACGUGGACAAGAUGUUCUCGCGGGUUAUCCAGGUGCGCGAAAGAUAGGCGAUUUGAUAUCCAGGUGCGCGAAAGAGAGGCGAUUUGAUAUCCAGGUGCGCGAAAGAGGGGCGAUUUGAUAUCCAGGUGCGCGAAAGAUAGGCGAUUUGAUAUCCAGGUGCGCGAAAGAUAGGCGAUUUGAUAUCCAGGUGCGCGAAAGAUAGGCGAUUUGAUAUCCAGGUGCGCGAAAGAUAGGCGAUUUGAUAUCCAGGUGCGCGAAAGAUAGGCGAUUUGAUAUCCAGGUGCGCGAAAGAUAGGCGAUUUGAUAUCCAGGUGCGCGAAAGAGAGGCGAUUUGAUAUCCAGGUGCGCGAAAGAUAGGCGAUUUGAUAUCCAGGUGCGCGAAAGAUAGGUGAUUUGAUAUCCAGGUGCGCGAAAGAUAGGCGAUUUGAUAUCCAGGUGCGCGAAAGAUAGGCGAUUUGAUAUCCAGGUGCGCGAAAGAUAGGCGAUUUGAUAUCCAGGUGCGCGAAAGAUAGGCGAUUUGAUAUACAGGUGCGCGAAAGAUAGGCGAUUUGAUAUCCAGGUGCGCGAAAGAUAGGCGAUUUGAUAUCCAGGUGCGCGAAAGAGAGGCGAUUUGAUAUCCAGGUGCGCGAAAGAGGGGCGAUUUGAUAUCCAGGGAACCAGCUUAUCCUCACAGGCCUUGAUUUCGCCCUGCAAAGUCUCCAUCAUCGUCACAUUUUGACGGACGGAUGCCAGAAAUAAAAAUUGAUACCACAUUUUGUUACUAAGACUUGACCCCCGUGCAGUGAGCAUUCAGUUUGAGAUUGGGUUGGAAGAACUUAUUUUAUUACCGGUUACCAGGCUGUAGUAUUGCGAUUGAGACUUGAGCACGUUAUUCAAAAAAUCGAUUUUGCAAAAGACAAUUUGACAACCGACUUCAUCCUAGACGGUAAAUAAUCCAUAUUUCGAAAUUCCCUCUGUCCAAAAGUAAAAAUGCCACAGCCACACUGCCAGUUCUUCACUUCAGCCUAUACCCUUCCAGAUUGUGGUACGAUCAGACAAGCGAAUGUCAGUAUACUCUAGCACUGAAUGUUUGUCAUUUUGAGGUCUAUAUUUAUUUAUUUAUUUAUUUUAUUUUUUUUUGUAAUAUUUAAAAGAUUUAAAUAUUUUUUUAAAAAAAUAAAAUUGCCAUGAAUAAAAACAAAUUUCAUUUCUUGUUAAAUAUAGAGUUUGUUUUUUAAAAGAUUAUCGUAAUGUUUUAAAAAGGAAAUCAAAACAUGCGGCUCCUAUUCCGGUUCUAAAUUCGCAUCCUUAGUUGUAACCCUCAAUAAGGGCAAAUCUAUUCUUGAAAACCUCAACGUGUGGCUAUUACUAUUGUCCCGAUUCAAGCAAAGGACGACACUCAAUGUCAAGGUGAAUGUCCCCCCUCCCACUGACAUCUUUGACCUUUUUAAAAUGGACGGCUACUUAAGAUACAAAAUUGUUUUAAGACACGAAACAUGGCUGGCUUUUUUUUUUUUUUUUUUUUUUUUUUUAUAUUUUUUUUUUUUUUUUUUUUUUUUUUUUUUUUUUUUUUUUUUUUUUUUUUUUUUUUUUUUUUUUUUUUUUUAAAUUUAGUUUUUUUUCCUCAUCUGAAUGCCAGAGCAUCUGUCAAAGAAGGAAAGUCGAUAUAUUUGGUCAUGCCGUUUGGACAUUGGUUCUUUUGUUUAAUUAAAUAAAAAUUCUCGUUAAAGAUCAAGUCCAGAUCCCUUACGUGUAAGCAGCUGACAAAAUUUCGUCUGCUAAAUAAUCUACAAGUUUAUUUUUAGAACCUUCAAUUUAAAACUAUUUUAGCACAGUGGUCACUUUGUUCUACAAGUUUAAAUAACUGUAUUUGCUUUGCUUUGCUUUUUUUUUCUUUUUUUUUCUUUUUGCUAUGUCUCUUAAGCAGUCAUUAAAUUUCACAGAGAUGGUACGCCAGAGACUGUUUGAACGUAGGUGCUGUGCUUCAUGUGUGCAGUUGUUAACUUGUAUUGUAGCGUGGGAGCAAAGACGGUCACGUGUGUUUUAAACUGUUGGCAGGGGCGGUGAGGCGGGUGCCACAGAGAGGCCAUGGCGGUGAGGCGGGUACCACAGGGAGGCCAUGGUGGUGAGGCGGGUACCACAGGGAGGCCAUGGCGGUGAGGCGGGUACCACAGGGAGGCCAUGGCGGUGAGGCGGGUACCACAAGGAGGCCAUGGCGGUGAGGCGGGUACCACAGGGAGGCCAUGGCGGUGAGGCGGGUACCACAGGGAGGCCAUGGCGGUGAGGCGGGUACCACAGGGAGGCCAUGGCGGUGAGGCGGGUACCACAGGGAGGCCAUGGCGGUGAGGCGGGUACCACAGAGAGGCCAUUGUUUCCCACAUAACAAUUUUUUAACCAACUGCAGAGGUUUUAUUUCAGGGAAAGUGGGCGAAAAAAAAGUAGUGUAUUCCCUUGCGACACUUAGAUCUACCUCAGCUACGCCUUCGAUUGUUGAAAUGUAGUAAUCUUGGAGAUUCAGCGCACUAAAUUGUUUGCGCAUUUAAAAAAAAAUUUUUUUUUUAAUGAUAUUGGUUAUCAAGUGCUCAAGAGAAAUAUUUUUGGUAAUGGAUUAAGUUCGCAAAAGUAUAGGAUCUACUACUGGGAAAUAUGCUCACACCUAGGUUGUAUAUGCCCCUACCACUCAAGUAUAGGGUCCACUACUGGGAAAUGGACCAACUCCCUGGCUGUAUCCCCCUAAGGCCCACGGCUAAGUAUAGGACAGAGUGCUGAGAAAUGUACCCAACAUAGCUGCUGUACACUCAAGUAUAGAGCAUAGCACUGAAAAUGUACAAAAAAUCAUUGGUCGUAUGCCCGUAAAACUAAACAAAUAGGGCGUACUACUGGGAAAUAUACGAACACGUUUUGUGACAACUGGUGAAAUAUUUACGAAGAUUAUGUGAUUAAGUGUAACUCCUGGGUUGUUUGCUCCAAAGACUCAAGUGUUGAGCCUAAUAUUAGGAGAUAUACCUGCGCCUAGAUUGUAAGCCUGCAACUUUCAAGUACAGGGCCUAAUGCUGGGAGAUGAACCAGCGCCCCUGAGACUUAAGUAUAGGCCCUAAUACUGGGAGAUGUACCAGUGCCCCUGAGACUUAAGUAUAGGGCCUAAUACUGGGAGAUGUACCAGUGCCCCUGAGACUUAAGUAUAGGGCCUAAUACUGGUAGAUGUGCCAGCGCCCCUAAGACUCAAGUAGAGAGCCUAAUUCUGGGAGAUGUAUCAACCCCUGGAUUGUACCUUCUCCAAACUUUCAAGUAUAGAGCCUGUCACAAAAUAAAGUAAUGCGUUACAGAUCUUUCAAGGCACGAAAGAAGAUGACGCACGAUAUAUAGGAAACACAGUUGGAUCUACUGGGUAAAUCAUAUUUAACAUAUGACAAAUAUUUAUAUGGGCAGUUCAAAGAAAGCUGCAUAAAUCAUCAAUUGUAUUUAUCAAUUAUAACUUAAUUUUGAUUCCGUAGAUUUUUGGAGAAAAAAAAAAUGAUAGUUGAAACGAAUAGUUAUACAUAGAAACUCUAAUUUAAACAAAACCAAGAUUUGUUGAAACUAUAUUGAGUUGAAGUUAUCCAGCUGGGUUGAGGAUUCAAGGUUCCCAUGCUGUCAAUGGGAAAUGCCUUAUAUGAAAGUAACAUGUUAUAUUAUUCCAUAAUAUGAUUAGGGGUCUCCAGUUUACGGGAAGAUAUUUACAAUAAUUAAGACAAGCAGUUUAGCUGGUUAAUAAAGCUAUUCAAAUGUUGACCGCCAUUUCUUUGCUGUUGCUUUUUUUCGAAAUGACCGCAAGAGAAACUUUUACUCAACAAUUUUCUUACUUAUGUUUAAGAAUCUAUAUAAAAUUUAAAGAAUAAUUGUCAACUAGUUGUCGUUCUUGGAAAAACUUAAGAACCCUUGACGGCGUAAUGGAUCAACCCAUGAAGGGAAAUCACUCGAGUGAUAAUCUAUCCCCUGUGAGCCAUUUCCUCGAUUAUGCCCCCUUGCACUGAUCAGUUAAUAUCCUACGUUAUUUGUGUUAGAAUUGGUUUCAAUAAUUCCCGCCUAUCACGUGGUCCGCGACACAAACCCAGCGAGUUUCAGAUGUGUCGUUAUCACCUUUAACAGCCCACAAUUUUUCAUCAUUAUCAGCCAGCGUCCGUCCAUUAGCGAGAUGGAGUAAAAUGGGCCGGGGGGGGGGAGGGGGGGUCAAACGAAUCAAGCCUUAAUGGACGUACAUGUAUAUGCACACUCAAUUAUCCAUUGUUUAAGAGUACACACAAUGCCAGCACACAUUGAGUUUUAUUAUUCAUGGGGGGGGGGGGGGGGGGGGGGGGUCAAACGAAUCAAGCCUUAAUGGACGUACAUGUAUAUGCACACUCAAUUAUCCAUUGUUUAAGAGUACACACAAUGCCAGCACACAUUGAGUUUUAUUAUUCAUCGCUUCCAAUUUCCAUCAAAUAUUUUAUAACUAUAUGUCAAACGGUCUUUAACACAACAAAAAGUCUGAUGUCUGGUUUUGUUAAUUUGACAGGGAUUAACUUCAAGCCUAACUUAAUCCUAAGUGUUCUCCUAUCUCAUCAUAAUCAUUGCUCAACUAUUUUUCUGGCUUAUUUGCUAACAACUAAUCUGAAAAAAAACCUUUAACGGAUCUUAAUUGGCUAACUGUUGCAUUACCUCAUAGUAUGCCUCUAAAAAUCUAAUUUAGCUUUUGUCUCUCCAUCCUGUAGAUGAAGAUCAGCCUCCUCUCCGUCGUCGUCGCGGUCAUCAUCGGCCUGGUGGGCCUGUGCUGUGCUCACGUGGAAACCAGGGACGUCAAGGAACUGGUCGGUCAGCAGCCUUUGCUCUUUGGCCGCCGGGGUCUGACGCCCAAUAUGAACAGUUUAUUUUUUGGAAAGAGGUGAGGGAAUUAUUCCAUAUAUCAACUGCCAUGUUUUUAGGGGGUUCUGUUCAAUUCAAGGGACAUUAUAGAAACACAUUAAUAUAUUAAGAGUUAUUCCCCGUAGAUUUAAAAAAAAAAAAAAAAAAACAAGUAAAAAAUUAAACAUUUAUUUAUUUUUGGUAUUCUUGCCCCCCCCCCCCUCCCCCGGGUUUUGUGUUCAGGUGAAUUGAACACUUUGUUUCCUUCAAUGAUAUAAUUCAAGUGAACAAUGCAAUCCGCUGAACAAAAAUGUUCAUUUCUUUUGGCCGUCUGCAUAACAGGUUAUUCAGAUGUUUGUUAAAAUGUGUUCGUUGUAUUUUGUACAGAGGAUUAAUUUGUGUGUCAAAUGUUAAGAUUUUAGACUCUAGAUGACGUGGAUGUUGCUCAAGAGUGACAUCAAAGGAUUGAUACAAAAGCAACAACAUUUAUUGCUAGGAUCAAAGUCAGGUGGCGAGCAUGAUCCCAGAUAUAAACCAAAACUAAUUAUAAAUCUAAAGAUUACCAAAAUAGUAAAAUGCCCGAGUGUAAGAACAGACUUUGAUACUUACAAAUAGAUAAAUUUUCAUAGACAGAUCUGGACACUUACUAUCAGAUCAAUUUUUAUAGAAAGAUGUGGGCACUUACUAUUAGAUAAAUUUUCAUAGAAAGAUCUGGGCACUUACCAUUAGAUAAAUUUUCAUAGACAUACCUGGACACUUACUAUUAGAUCAAUUUCAUAGACAGGCCUGGACCUUUACAAUUAGAUCAAUUUCAUAGACAGACCUGGAACCAUACAAUUAGAUUAAUAUUCAUAGACAGAUCUGGGCACUUACUGUUAGAUAAAUUUUCAUAGACAUACCUGGACACUUACUAUUAGAUCUAUUUUCAUAGACAGAUCUGGGCACUUACUAUUAGAUACAUUUUCAUAGACAUACCUGGACAUUUACUAUUAGAUCAAUUUUCAUAGAAAGAUCUGGGCACUUACAAUUAGAUAAAUUUUCAUAGACAGGCCUGGACCUUUACAAUUAGAUCAAUUUCAUAGACAGACCUGGAACCAUACAAUUAGAUUAAUAUUCAUAGACAGAUCUGGGCACUUACUAUUAGAUAAAUUUUCAUAGACAGAUCUGGGCUCUUACUUUUAGAUCAAUUUUCAUAGACAGACCUGGACAUAUACAAUUAGAGCAAUUUUCAUAGACGGACCUGGACACUUACUUAUAGAUAAAUUUUGAUAGACAGAACUGGAACCAUACAAUUAGAUUAAUAUUCAUAGAAAGUCUUGGACACAUACAAUUAGAUCAAUAUUCAUGGACAGAUCUGGACACUUAGAAUUUGAUCAGUAUUUAAAGACAGACGUGGACACUUAGAAUUAGAUCAACAUUCAAAGACAGUCUCUGACCCAUACCAUGAGACCAAUCAUAAAAAACUUCUAGCAUUGAAGUUUCUAUAAAUGUUGCAGACCUCCAACCUUGGCAAAACGACCACCGUUACUGAACCAAAGACGUCUCCCUGUGUCGGCCAUAUCGUCGCGUGGCAUGGGCCAUUGGCAUGCUUCCCUAAGAUAACAGGAUGGGGUGCGAUAGUCAAACAUAUUUUCUAAGCAAUGCUAAUAACUCCCCAGCAUUUUCGUGAUGGGGUAUUCUUGUCACACGCCGUGUCCAAUUUUAGAACACCUGCUUUCAUCUAUUCCCCGGGGGCAUUUCUGAAUUAAUCGGUUCUCUGCAAGGUGCGUUACGCUGGCUAAUCAGGCGUCGCGGCCUGUGAACUUAUGCCCCCUGUUGUUUGCUUCACUUUGUACGUGUCUCCCUUGUAUCAGUCCAGUGUGUCCCAGAGUGUAGUACGCGUACCCAUGGGGUUACAGGAAGAGUUUGUUGGGGGUGGGAGGGGGGGGGCUACGCGCUGCAAAGGAAAAAAAAUAUUGUUAUUUAAGUGUUUGCAUUUUUUUUUUAACAAGGGGUACUCAGUGUUACGAAAAUUGUAGACAGGGGUACACAGAUGUCAAAAGUUUGGGAAACACUGCCUUAGUCCUACGGUUGCAUCAUCGCGUCAGUAUCCUUAACUAAUAUUUGGCAUGCGUCUCCUACAUUCUCAAAUGUCAACUUGAAUAGAAGUUGUUUGAUACAACUGUUUAUAUGCCCCACAAACACACAGCAACUUCUUUAAUCAACUGUUUAUCGACCCCACAAACACACACAGCGACUUCUUUUAAGUAAUGAAUUGUUUCAGAUGAUUUAUAACCGAGCCUGUUUCGGUUGGCGGGACGAUCUCAGGCAACCCUUGAAACCAAGAACUUUAAUUUUUAUAGUUGCCGGAACCUUUGGGUGUUACAUCUGGUUAGAUUGCCUGGCCUGAGGCAAAGAAAUGCGCAGCGUGGUGUAAAACAGUGAGUGACAUGGUGUAAAACAGUGAGUGACAUGGUGUAAAACAGUGCGUGACAUGGUGUAAAACAGUGCGUGACAUGGUGUAAAACAGUGCGUGACAUGGUGUAAAACAGUUGCGUGACAUGGUGUAAAACAGUUGCGUGACAUGGUGUAAAACAGUGCGUGACAUGGUGUAAAACAGUUGCGUGACAUGGUGUAAAACAGUUGCGUGACAUGGUGUAAAACAGUUGCGUGAUAUGGUGUAAAACAGUGCGUGACAUAGUGUAAAACAGUUGCGUGACAUGGUGUAAAACAGUUGCGUGACAUGGUGUAAAACAGUUGCGUGACAUGGUGUAAAACAGUUGCGUGACAUGGUGUAAAACAGUUGCGUGACAUGGUGUAAAACAGUGCGUGACAUGGUGUAAAACAGUGCGUGACAUGGUGUAAAACAGUGCGUGACAUGGUGUAAAGUAAUGGCUAAAUAUAAUAAAUAUGAUGGAGAGCAUUCAGUUUUGGAAUUGCGUCUGUUAUAGCUGAGGUGGGGCAGUCAUAGCUGGGGUGGGGCAAUUAUAGCUGGGGAGUGACUGUUACAGUAGGGGUGGGACUGUUAAUGCUGGGGCUGUUAUAGCUGGGGAGCGACUGUUACAGCUGGGGUGGGGCUGUUAAAGCUGGGGUGGGGCAGUUAUAGCUGGGGAGCGACUGUUACAGAUGAGGUGGGGCUGUUAAAGCUGGUGUAAGACUUUUAUAACUGGGGUGGCGUAGUUAUAGCUGGGGAGGGACUGUUACAGCUGGAGAGGGACUGUUACAGCUUGGGAGGGACUGUUACAGCUGGGGUGGGACUGUUAUAGCUGGGGAGGGACUGUUAUAGCUGAGGAGAGACUGUUAUAACCAGGGUAAGCGGUUACUGCUAUAGCUGUGGUGAGACUAAAAUAGCAGGUGGUGUUAUACUGAGGGUGGGGGGGGGGGGCUAUCAUAACAUGGGGCUGUUAUUGUCGGGGGGGGGCUGUUAUCACUAAGGGGUUUCUGCUAUGGCGGGGAUUGUGAUAUUUAUAGCAGGACAGGGGGUCUUUUUAACCAGGGUAAGCGGUUACUGCUAUAGCUGUGGUGAGACUAAAAUAGCAGGUGGUGUUAUACUGAGGGUGGGGGGGGGGCUAUCAUAACAUGGGGCUGUUAUUGUCGGGGUGGGGCUGUUAUCACUAAGGUGUUUCUGCUAUAGCUGGGAUUGUGAUAUUUAUAGCAGGACAGUGGGUCUUUUAUAGCUUGUGUUUGUUAUAGCUUUGGUGAGAUUUUAUAGCUUUGGUGAGAUGUUAUAGGUUUGUUGAGAUGUUAUAGGUCUGUUGAGAUGUUAUAGGUUUGUUGAGAUGUUAUAUAUUUGGUGAGAUGUAAUGUUUUUGUUGAGAUGUUAUAGGUUUGGUGUCAUGUUAUAGCUUUGAUGAGAUGUUACAGCUUUGGUGAGAUGUUAUAGCUUUGGCGAGAUAUUAUAGCUUUGGUGAGAUGUUUUAGCUUUGGUGAGAUUUAUAGCUUUGGUGAGAUUUUUAACUUUGGUGAGAUUUUAUAGCUUUGGUGAGAUGUUAUAGCUUUGGUGAGAUAUUAUAGCUUUAGUAAGAUGUUAUAGCUUUGGUGAGAUGUUUUAGCUUUGGUGAGAUGUUUUAGCUUUGGUGAGAUUUUAUAGCUUUAUUGAGAUGUUAUAGCUUUGAUGAGAUGUUUUAGCUUUGGUGAGAUGUUAUAGCUUUGGUGAGAUGUUAUAGCUUUGGUGAGAUGUCAUAGCUUUGGUGAGAUGUUAUAGCUUUGGUGAGAUGUUUUAGCUUUGGUGAUAUUUUAUAGCUUUGGUGAGAUGUUAUAGCUUUGGUGAGAUAUUAUAGCUUUAGUAAGAUGUUAUAGCUUUGGUGAGAUGUUAUAGCUUUGGUGAGAUGUUUUAGCUUUGGUGAGAUGUUAUAGCUUUGGUGAGAUGUUAUAGCUUUGGUGAGAUGUUAUAGCUUUGGUGAGAUGUUAUAGCUUUGGUGAGAUGUUAUAGCGUUGGUGAGAUGUUAUAGCGUUGGUGAGAUGUUAUAGCGUUGGUGAGAUGUUAUAGCUUUGGUGAGAUGUUUUAGCUUUGGUGAGAUGUUAUAGCUUUGGUGAGAUGUUAUAGCGUUGGUGAUAUGUUAUAGCUUUGGUGAGAUGUUAUAGCUUUGGUGAGAUGUUUUAGCUUUGGUGAGAUGUUAUAGCUUUGGUGAGAUGUUAUAGCUUUGGUUAGAUGUUUUAGCUUUGGUGAGAUGUUAUAGGUUUGGUGAGAUGUUAUAGCGUUGGUGAGAUGUUAUAACUGUUUGUUGUUGGUUGUUGUUGUUGUUAUUUUUUGGUGGGGAGAGGGCUGUUAUGAGCAGGGUGAUUUUGUUAUAGCUGGGUGUGGAGCCAUUAUUGCUGGGGUGAUUCAGUUAUAGCUGGGUGUGGAGCCAUUGUUGCUGGGGUGAUUCUGUUAUAGCUGGGUGUGGAACCAUUUUUGCUGGGGUGAUUCUGUUAUAGCUGGGUGUGGAACCAUUAUUGUUGGGGUGAUUCUGUUAUAGCUGGGUGUGGAGCCAUUAUUGCUGGGGUGAUUCUGUUAUAGCUGGGUGUGGAGCCAUUAUUGCUGGGGUGAUUCUGUUAUAGCUGGGUGUGGAGCCAUUAUUGCUGGGGUGAUUCUGUUAUAGAUGGGUGUGGAGCCAUUAUUGUUGGGGUGAUUCUGUUAUAUCUUUGUGUGGAACCAUUAUUGUUGGGGUGACUUCGUUAUACCUGCAGUAACAUCACAGUCUACAUUACAACUCCAAACAAAUAUACCAGUUAAAUAUGUGCCAAUUGGAUGAUUCAGAUUCAGAGAUGUUUAUUAAUAGUGUACAUACAACCAGUGGCGUAGCGAGGGUUUUUGGCGCCCGGGGUCAAGAUCCAUUUUUAGCACCCCUUUUUUUUUUCAACUCUCAAACCCAUUAUUUUCAUCAAUAAAAUAAUAUCAAAGCGCAUUUUGGCGCCCCUAACUAGCUGGCGCCCGUGGACAUCUGUCCCCCCUGCCCCCACCACGCUACGCCUCUGAAUGACACACACAUCUUUGUAGUUGGAGGCUCACGCUGUUAAGGUCUUGUAUGAAAUGAUUAAACCAAAUAUGCGUCAAGAUAACGGAAUUGUAUGUUAAACAUAACACUGCCAGGGCCGUGGGGGGGGGGGGGCACCGACUGUGGUGUAACAAGUGUUACACACAACUUUGUAGGUGGAGGCUCACGCUGUUAAGGUUUUGUUUGAAAUGAUUAAACCAAAUAUGCGUCAAGAUAACGGAAUUGUAUGUUAAACAUAACACUGCCAGGGCCGUGGGGGGGGGGGGACACCGACUGUGGUGUAACAAGUGUUAUCUUUUCCUUCUGUAAACCGCAAGUGUUUUUCAUUAAUUCAACUCACUGGUUUGUGUAUGAAGUUGUGAGCAAAAAAAGUGUGUACGCUUUUAUAGAGGAAAUGAUCUCUUACAUUACAAUCCAAUGUUUAACAAACAAAAAUUGUUUUUAAAAAAUGGUUAAUAAUUUAUGGAUAUAAAGUUUAUGACCUUUAACCCCCCCCCCUAAUAAUAAUCCUCAAAUUUUUAUGUAUUAUAAUACAUUAAUUUAAAUUCAUUGACAGUUUUUGAAUGAAGAAUGAUUUGCAGUGUCUUAGUAUCAAUUGACCUACAUUCGCAGUGUGUUACUAUUAAUAGUAGUUUAUCAAAAAAUGUGAUCAUUUCAUUUCUGAAAUGAAAUAUCGUCAAACUCACGUGGGAAGUGAAUUUGUAUCACAUGACAAUGAAGAAACUGGCGAAAGUGAUAACAUUUCAAGAUGAUUAAACACAUCAUUUUAAAAAUGUUUAUGAAAUUGUACAGUUUUCCAUUAAUUUCAACACUGUUUGUUCCAGGUCCUCCGUGGAUUCCCUUUUGUCAUUGCGGGAGGUGAAGCACGCGUGCUCCAUGCUGAUGACGUACAUUGACAACAUGGAAACCUUGGUCGCAGACGACGACUCUCAGAUGUAGCAGAAGUGAAGAGCUUAAAGUUAUAUUGGGAAUGAGAAAAUAAAAUAUAUAAUUU